UAUACGUCGUUGUUGACUUCGCCGACAAAAGAAAAAUUAUUGUGACCUUGUAUAUUGAUGCUGGAAACCAUAAUCCUAAAUCCUUACCCGAAGGUCACGGAACGCACGCUCCGAGCGCACACGCUCAACGCCAACCGGCGUAAAUUGGUUAAAAUGAAACAUAAAACAAGUAAUGUGGUAUCAGUCACCGUUCAGCAGGCAUCCCGUGGCCCUUACCUAAUGCUAUGGUAUGGUAUCCGCAAAUAAAUCUGAUGACCAGGGCACUGCUCUUCUUUACUCAUGCAACAACCAUUCAAGUAUCAAUGAAAAGUUUUACGAUCCCGGUCGUCAGUUUGAUUUACAGAUAGUACCUAUGUAUAGGUUAUAUUAUGUAUAUUAUCCCCAAUAAAUUGGUCAUUAUCCUUCUUCUUGCUUAAUGAAUUAAAUUUCAUGUUUUAGCAGUCAGUUAGUUAAUGAUUUUAUGUUUUUUAGGAUGCGCUCUAUAUUUUUAUAGUAUUUAACCACAUCGUCUAUGUCGCCGUCAAUAUCUCUAUCAAUUUCUUCACCGGAUUCGUAGACGGCAAAAACAGGCAACGCAUAGAAUUCAACCAUUACAAGAUCCUAAAGAACUACUUCUUCUCAUGGAUGCUAGUGGACUUCAUGCAUCUGUUUUGCGUGAUCCACGAAAUGUGUUCGGAAAAAUUAAGCUAUACUUAUCUUGCACGAACUGUGUGCACCGUUUUAUCUGUUCAAUACUUCGUUAUGUUCAAGUAUCAUAGCAAUAUAUGCACGGUUUUAAGAAUAAAGGUGCCCUCAAAAACAGCUCUAGAGCUCUUACUGUACCUGACUGCAUAUUUGUCUUGGAACAUUGUGAUCCAAUUCGUGAUCGAGUAUUACAUAGAAGGGGACUACGAGCCCGUGCAGCCGAGGAACAGCUCUUGGAUUACUAUCGGAGACUUGUGGGAUAAGCCGGGAGAGGUGCGGCUGAUGUAUGGGCUGAUGAGGGCAGUGAGCAUGUUAAGAAAGAAUUCAAAUUUACACCUCCUCGUGUACGACGGGGAGUUCGAAAUAUUUACCACAUUUUCCUUUAUUAUUGCUCAAUGCGUAAUUUUACACUGCUCAUUCAAAUACAUGAUAGCUCUGUUCGGCACCCAAUCAUCAAAGGCGAAGUACUACAUGAUGUCGCAGCAGAUCCGGACUUACCUGAAUCAGAGACGCUUCCCGCCGUGGAUUAAGAAGAAAGUUCUCAAGUUUUAUGCGAUCCGGUUCAGGUCGCACUUCUUUGUGGAGUCCACCAUGUUGGACUGUGUCACCGGCCAACUGCACGAAGACAUCAUAAUGCACACAGGCCGCCAUAUGGUGCGCGAAGUGACGUUUCUUAAGCAGCUGCCGUGGGCCGUGCUUAUAGAGAUCUCUCUCAAGUUCCAACUCGCGAUAUUCAUCGAAGGAGACAUUAUUUACAAGAUUAAAUCUUUGGGUGAUUAUAUGUACUUCAUCAACAAGGGAACGGUCGCGCUGUACACGGAAUCUGGCUAUGAGCUAGAACAUCUUGAGGACGGCGAGCAUUUCGGUGAGACCGCACUUAUGACGGAGCAUAAGCAUCGUUUUGUCACCGCCGUGGCUGUCACCAACUGCGAACUGUUUAGUUUAUCGCGCGAGAACUUUGAGAUUAUCGAGCGAUAUAGGACGGCAUAUGAUGAACUUAGAAAAGUCGGUAUUAACCGACAACAGUGGGCGACGGUGAUGGACGAACAGUAUAAAGCGCAGUUGAGGGAACAGAAGAAUGAUACAUAGAUAUAACUCAAAUAGCUAAUAAGUACGUAGCGUUGUAUAGCUCGCUAAGUCCGGUUUAUUUUUGCAAUUUUGAUACGUCAGUUUUGACCGAGCUUUAGCGAAGGUCUCCGCUUCAGCUUGGGCAAAAAUUGAUGUUCUUCUCUACAGAUCGCAAUUCUCAACCGAUUCUCGUGAAAUUCUGUGAGCAGGUUCAGUAUACCUAGAGUAGUUAGAUACAACUUUUCUGUCGUUUAGUUUUUUGGGAAAUGGUCAUAAUGGCGGAGAUUGGCCUAAAGAACUUAUAGAGAUACAGAACGACAUGUUUAUUUUAAGGAAAAUUAUGAUAAAUAUAUUACACAAAUAGUUAAGAUGUUUAAUUACUCAACUCUAUUUAUUUUGAGUGUUCUCUGCUCAGAGGUGCUUUUCGCUGCAAAGCGGAAAAUCAACUUUAUCGGCUACAAGCUAGCGUGUAGAUUGCAAUGGAUUAAGUACUUUAGCUCUGGGACGUAACUUGGUUAUCGACGCGAUCACAAUACCUAUUUGUAUCUAAGUUGAUAUUAUGUAUCUACCUGAUUAAUUUGUAAGGUAAUUAUAUUUCCCGGUGCAACACGGGGUGAAUGACCUCAAACAUUAUACUAAUAUGGAUAUACCCCGGGAUUCCACAACUUAUAUUGUAGAAUAAGUUACUGGCUAUAUUACAUUCAGUAAAAUUUAAUAACAUUUUGUCGCGUAAAAUAUUUUCGGAAAAUAAGUGUACGUGCGUUGUGCAUAUAAUAAGCGUUAGUAUUUUCUUUAUUCAUCUUAACUCAUAGGUACUUAUAGGUUUUUUUAUAAUAUGCAUAUAAUGAUUUUUUUUUUAAUGCAUACAAACACAUUAUAAAAUACCUAACCUAGGAUGCCGCCAGGGCGUUUAUUAUUAUGCAAUUUCGAUAUAUGUACUUUCAACAAUUAUAAAAGAUAGUUUGUAAAACUCUGUCAUAAUUCAACAUAUUUCAGUCAUCCACUCAGUUUGACAAUUAACUAAUAUUUAUUUCUUUUCUUGCUUUGCACCAUAAGUGGCCAGUAACAUUAAGAUAUCGAAUGAUAUAUGUAUACUUGGUAUCCCACGGUGUUGCACCGGAAAAUCCCAUCACUGAUUAUGAAUAAAACAACCGUAAUUUAUUUUCGCAUUUAUUUAAAUUAAAACUUGC